ACCACGCUUUUUUUUUGUCAGCCAUUUUUUUUCUCUCAGCGAAGCCAACAAGCAGCAGAAAAAAAAAAGAGUUCAACUGAUUCAACAUGCCUCGCGUUUACAUUGGACGACUUGGCUACCAUGUCCGCGAAAAAGACGUCCAGCGGUUUUUCGGCAGCUUUGGCAAGCUCUUGGAAGUGGAUUUAAAAAACGGAUACGGUUUUGUGGAGUUUGAGGACAAUCGGGAUGCCGACGACGCCGUGUACGAGCUGAACGGAAAAGAUCUGUGCGGCGAGAGGGUGAUCGUCGAGCAUGCCCGCGGGCCUCGGCGUGACCGGGACAGCUACGGUGGGGGUUCCUGGGGUGAUAGCCGCAGUAGCAGUUACAGCAGCCGAAGCCGCACGGGAAGGGACAAGUACGGACCCCCCGUUCGUACCGAAUACCGUCUGAUUGUGGAGAACUUGUCCAGCCGCUGCAGUUGGCAGGACCUCAAGGAUUUCAUGCGUCAGGCAGGUGAGGUCACUUACGCUGACGCCCACAAGGAGCGUGCCAAUGAGGGAGUGAUCGAGUUCCGUAGCCAUUCAGACAUGAAGCGGGCUAUUGACAAGUUGGAUGGGACGGACAUCAAUGGCAGAAAGAUUCGUCUGGUGCCGGACAGGCCCCGCAGGCCAAGGUCCUACUCUGGCAGCCGUUCCAGAUCUCGUAGCCGCCGCCGUUCCCGCAGCAGGAGCCGUAGGAGCAGAAGCUCUAGAAGUCGUUCCAGAUCCAAAUCUCGGUCCGGUUCACGCAGCCACAAGAGACCAAGGAAGUCUCGCUCCAAGUCUGGCGAGAGCAAGUCGCGCUCUCGCAACCGCAAGUCCCGUUCGCGGUCCAAAUCCCCAUCCCGAUCUCCCAAGCAAAAAUCAAAGUCCCGCUCCAAGAGUCGUUCCAAGGUGAAGUCUGAGCGAGAUUCCCGUUCCCCGUCCAAGGAGAAAGCUGACGAGAAGUCCCGCAGUCGCUCUGCCUCCCCUAUAGAGAACGGCAACGAUGAGCGAGAGGCCAAAUCUGCAUCACGCUCGCCUUCACCGCGUGAGAACGACCGCCAUUCCGCGUCCAGAGAGAGGCGUUCAGCCUCCCGCUCAAGAUCUCGUUCGCGGUCUAGAUCAGCUUCUCAGGAUUAGUACAGAAUUCACAUCGAGUGCCAGUCCUUUGCCGUACAUAGCAAGCAGUGUUGACUUUCUGGUUGCUACGUAACAGAUCAUUCACAUCGGUCUUUAAAUAAUUGUUUUUGUUCUAGUUUCAGUCAGAUUCAUUGCAUUUUUUGCUGGGUCCUACACAUCCAGCUGGCUUCCUAAUAGAUGUGCAAACUAAGUUCAAUUAAGUAAGUUAUAACUUACUUAAUUUUGAUUAUCUUCCCCUCUACUAUUUCCUGGUUGUAACAUGCUUUGGUCUUCUCUUCAAAACAUGUAUUCAUGAAAAUGGGUGAUUGGGUUUCAUUCAAGUUUCAAUGGACUGUUGACAAAGGCUAUGUACAGUGGUGCGCCGAUUUUUGUAAAGCAUGUGCUCGACAUCAGCCUUUCUUUGCCAAUCAGCAACGUUCACCACACAGCUCGUACUUGGAGAUUAGAGACCAGCAGUGUAGCAGUCCCUCCUUUAAUGAGCAGCUAAUGUAUGUGAUUGGAGUGUAUGGGCCAGUCAUAAAGGAUAACUAUCAGAAUUGGCAGUUUAAAAUGCUGAUCGGAACACCCCUUGUACAGUAACCGUUGUCUCUAAUCAGAAUUACAGGAUUUAGGUUUGACAUCGCAAAAAUAUGUAUGUGAUGUCUUUUGAUUUUUCAUUUUCCGGAUAGAAUUUUGUUAAGAGGAACGAAUGUUAUGUAACAAUCUUAUCUUUGAACACAGCAGAGUUUGGAAGGUCUACUUGUGGACUUGUACCAAUGAUUUUUUUUUUUGGUGCAUUUUUCCUUUAUGCUGGCAUCUCAACUUGGUUUUCUUUUCUAUGUCCAUUAAAGAUCUUAAAUUAA